AAUUUUGGCUAUUGUCAAAUUACACGAUUCGAUUUUAGUAAAAUUGAGCAAAAGUUCGUUCCCACAUUUUUAUCCGUUUGGCGACGGCAGCUAAUUUUUAAUUAUUAUUCAACCCCUCAAAAUGUGUUAAUUGUGCUCGUGUUUUGUGUGAUAAGUAAUAAUACUCGAUUUACAUUGUUGAGUUUGAAGGCGUCGCGAAUAUGUGUUAAUUUUACGCACAAAAUGAUAUGGACUGUGGAUAUUUCACUGAUAUUACGAUGAAGGGUGGUUUAUGUGUUAUCUACACGUCUUUGCUGACUAUUUCAGUGCUAUCCAGUUGUGCUCUCUUCAUUUUGGUGGUUUCGGAGGCUCUUCAUGAGGGUGUCGACACGAAUGUCGACCUGUCGGGGCUGCAUAAUGUCAGUCAGAAAGUGGGGGUUGGGAAGCAGGAUGUGCCAGGGAGUCAGGAGUCGCCUGAGUCACAGGUGGCUGAGGACUCGAAGACGAAGGAAGACCAUGAGAUGAUAUUCGCGGAGACAUUGUCGUUGAACUCAGUCACAACGGAGGGAUUACCUGACACCGGGCAGCCUCCAGUGCUCAUAUCGCUAGCAGACAACGCCAAAUUGGAAUUGAGGCAUCCAGACGAACUUCUGUUCGUCAACGACUCGGAGGAACACAAUGACACCAAGAUAUUCUCCAUCAUCGACGGCGACGCCGUUGAAGAUGACGCAGAGAAACCACCGGAAGACGUGGAGAAGGAAAGCACUGAACCACGGCUCGUCGUCAAAGCCAAGCCCGUGCAGCAUGAGACCAGACAGGUAGAGGAAGCAUUUCAAGCGCCGACGGUGGACAUAGAAAUCAUCACAGAAUCUCAAAUCGACGAACCGAAAGAACAAGAAACAGAAAACAUUCCAGUCAAACCAGAAACACCACAAGAGGACAUACCCUCGUUCUCAGAGUGGGCACAGAAACAGCUGGCCGAAGCCGAGAAAAAAGACACAGUACUAAACCACUCGAGUCAACCUAGUCAUAGUAAUACGAAUUUUAGUAGUAAAAGCACUAAAUUGCGAUCGAAGAACUACGCUUCGCUCGCGUGCGGCGCCAAGAUCGUGGCCGUGAACCCCGAGGCCGGCUCCGCCAGCUCCAUCCUGUCGCCCAACAGGGACGAGUACAUGCUCAACACCUGCAACAGCCGCAUCUGGUUCGUCGUCGAGCUCUGCGAGGCUGUGCAGGCGCAGAAGAUUGAAAUAGCCAACUUCGAGCUAUUCUCCUCUACCCCCAAAGAUAUCGCUGUAUAUUUCAGCGACCGGUUCCCGACGAGGGACUGGGCUAGCGUCGGCCAGUUCGCGGCGCAAGACAUGAGAGACGUGCAGAGUUUUGAUCUUUACCCGCAUUUAUUUGGAAAAUUUAUCAAAGUUGAGAUGCUCUCUCACCACGGGUCCGAGCACUACUGCCCGGUGUCCCUCUUCAAGGUGUACGGCACGUCAGAAUUCGAAGUUUUAGAAAAGGAGAACUCGCAGCAUCCCGCUCACAUUGACGAGGAUGAGGAUGACGAAAUAAUAGACGUGCCAGACAUUCCUGCUGCUGAAACAGAGCCCUCCAAGAAUCUGUUCGGCUCUGCGAGAGACGCAGUGAUGUCAAUAAUGAAGAAAGCGGCACAAGCGCUGGUGAAAACUGAAGUUCCUAAAAACGUAUCCUUAGAACACAACGAUACGUCGACAGACGAAACGUACAAACGGUGUUGUUCGCCCAGCCAUAUUAUAGUGUGUGAUAAUUGCAGUGAGACGCUUUACAAUGAAGUGUACGAACUAAUUAGCUGUAGCUCGGACAAGUUAGUGAGUUUAGUGCGUCAGGUGUUCCUCCGCGAGACUUUGAAGUGUACCGGCAUCUGCCAGCAGUACGGACUAGAUUUUAAAAGUACAAAGACAAUAGAGUUUAGUGAUGAACGCGUCGCUUAUAUGAAUGCUUUGUUCCCUCGAAAAUAUUUAGCCGCCCUCUGUAAUAUCUUAGCUAUUAAAGAAAAGAAAGUUGUUUUAAACACAAGUUUUGAAACAGAACUGAAUGUUACCAUGAAUGUAACUGUUGAUGAGUCACCGCAAGCCGUAAGCAGUGAGACAAAUUCAGAACUAGAGGUGAAAUUAGUUCCAGAUAAAAGUACAGCUUCUGAUGAUGAAAAAGCUAAUGAGACCACUCUUUCGGAAGAGAAAACAACGACGGAAGCUACACCUGAAGGUACGGCUGUUCCCGUGGAGUUGCCGAGAGAGCAGCAUGAGUCAGCUGAUGAGAAGAUCGAAGAACUUCCUUCGACUGAAGAGAAGCCAGUACAAGAGGCGCCAGAACCAACGCCUGAAAUAGACAAGAACACUGAAACAGUCGUAGAGGAAAAUAAAGAUACCGUACAAAAAACUGAUCCAAAGUAUGUGAAAGUUGAAGUUGUCACAGAGAAACCAAAAGAGAACAACAUUGUUGAAGAAGUUGUUGAUCCCAUAAUCAUAGAUAAUGAGAACUUUAUGUCAGACUUCGAUCAGAUGGCGGUGGACCCGACACCCGCCGUCGGCAUGCCUUCGUCGCAGAAUCAGAACCAGGGGCAGGCAACGCUGCAGAAGGAAUCUGUCUUUCUGCGGCUUUCUAAUAGAGUGAAGACGCUGGAGCGCAACAUGUCUCUUUCGGGGCAAUACCUCGAGGAGCUGAGCAGGCGUUACAAGAAACAAGUGGAAGAAAUGCAGAAGACCUUCGAGAAGACCGUGCAGCAGAUGACAGAGGAGCGACGCAAGAGCAACGAGCGAGAACAGAAAUACCUGGAGCAGAUGACCAGCCUCCAGGAACAGAUGGGACAAAUGGCAGCAGCCAUGCAUAUCCUCAUGGAGGAACGAGAUAGCUGGUUCGGCAACAUCAACUUUUUCAAAUUCAUCGUGUUCCAAACAAUAAUAUUCGCCAUAGCAUUCUACUUCUUCUCCAGAAGACGAAAACCAGAACCUGUCAUUAUACCAGUAAUAAAAAAGUCCAAAAAGAAACAAGACAGGUUCAGGAGAAAAUCCGUGGAAGGCGUCAGUGGGCAUGAGACUCCGUCGGCGAAGAAGCGCCGUCCUAGCGAGGAGGCCUUGCAAAUUGCUAGACAGUCUACCGAAGAGAUGAUUGGAGAUGAAGAAGACGGCGAGUGGCAAGUCGCUCGCAAAAAUAGAAGAAGAAAGACAUCUAUAAUACAUAGAGCAGGGGAGAUGGAAUCCAAAGAGUGGACGCGACCAGAUAGCAUUGGCAAGCUUCAGGAUAAUCCCAUACCAUUAGACGAAGAGGAAUUCUUCGCGCCAGUGACCGAACCUAAAGAAUUCAGUGAAAGUGACGCUUCCAAUCCGCCUAAGCGAGAAUUACCAAAAACGAAUGGUUCAUUCUUCAACAAUUUGAAGACGAAGACUAUGAAAACGCGACGGUUGUCGUCGCCAGCGUUCCUGAGGACAUUGAGCAGACAGAGUAGCAGGAGUACUCCUAGCCCGGUCGUCAGGACGAUAGAGCCAGUGUUCAACGGCAACAUGAACAAGAAAGCUGCGUCGGAGUCGCCCACCGGCAGCCUGUGGUCAGAAUCCACGGAAAUAUCACAGAACGGACAACCAGAAAACGAGAACAGUGGUAGCAAAAAGAAGAAAAGUCUUAAGAACAUACUGAAGAAAGUGUUUUGAGGAACUUAUUGUAAUUUAGAAGUGUCGUGUAUUCCGCUUAAUGUAUUAAGCGUGUCGCUAUUGUAAUUUAUUUCCUUGCGAAUAUUAAUGUUUAAAUUAUUGUAUAUUUGUUGUUAGUAGACCUCAUAGGUGCCAAUUGUGAUAAAUUAGGGAGCCUAAUUGUUAGCGUGUUAAAUUUUAAUUUUAUGCGAUGAUGUUUGCUUGUGGAUGUAUUGAAAGGCGACAAUAAUGCGAAAUUGGUAAGACGAGUACUAGUCUCGAGUGGGGAGCGAUCGGUAAACAAAGAAACGGCAUUAAAUGCAUUAAUUUUA